AAGGACCGAUUAAAAAAGUCGAUUACGAAAAUAAAGGAAAAUAAUUAUCUUUAGACAAGUAUUCGGGCAAUUUCCUUUCAUUUCGCUUUUCCGGCUUCAAUCGAUAUCGUACGGUAGUAUAGUUCUAAGCCUCGAUGUCAAAUCUCAUAACGUGAAAAAAUGCCAAACGUAUACGUACCUCCGUGGUGAAGUCCUUUUUGCUCGUCCUCUAGCAAUAUCGCCGAUGGGUUGAGAUUGCAAAUAUUUUUCGGAGCUCUAAACCUCCCUCUAAAAAGGGUAUGGAUGUACACGAAUCUCGGAAAACACUCCACAUCGGAUGUAAUAUUCGAUCAAGAUCAAACGAAAAUUUUUUGAAACAACGAGAAUUUGAUUAAUAAUUGUUUUUUCUCUAUUUUCACGGUUAUGCAAGGAUAUUGUCGAUCGUCCGGACAUUCGUCAAACUAUUCGAUCGUUACGACGCGCGAAAUUUUGUUUUCGAGAUCCCGAUACGAGUUCUUACGUUUUUUUUAUCGUGGGUAGGUGGAAUUUUCUGUCUCAUCAAUGUGAAUUGUGAGCCCUAGAUAAUAGAAAUGGUAUAAUAUUCCUCGAGGCGAUCUUACUCCCACGUUUAGACGUGCAGCGAUCGCCGCAAAAACGGUUUUUUACGUCUGGCGUCAUCCGGCAGCUGGAAAAUUAUACGCAUAUUAUACUUAUUAUAGUCGCAAGAUUUACGGGAAAGUUUUACCUUACAAGAAGGGAGUUGCCGCUGCGUGAAUGUGGGGAACAAUCGCUCGUCUGCGGAUAACCUGCGUACCUACCUCGACCAAAAGUGCUUGAGGUGCUUUUGGAAUAUCAAUAUGAUUUGUGCCUCGCGUUUCUGUUGCUGCGGGGCAGUAAUUUGGAACGACGAACUCUCGGAACGAAGGCGCAUCCGAGGAAUACCUAUGAUUCUUCCCUUUUUUUAUCUUGCAUUUUGACAAUUCUUUAUCCCGCAAUUGAUUAACAACGUAGUUAUUCGAGAGAAGUCGGUUAUCCCAAGAUGAGUCGAAUGUGAGCGAACGAAAAGAACACGUGCAGAGAUGGAAAACAAUCUCGAGGAAUGUUCAUCUCACGACUGUUUGGAACGAUUCAUUUCUGUAUUUCAGCUCUGAGGGCGUACGUGAACACGAUACUCUUCAACACGUUUGCCCUUUUCGUGUGUCUGGUCUCCGUUUGGGUCAGUCAGAAUCUUCCCGAUCGCCCCCCGAAGGAUGACGAGGAGCCCGUGAACAAGCCAGCCUCGAAUCACUCGAGAUCGAAUUCCACGUCCGGCUAUCCGCAAUACCAGAAGAACUUCACCUCGCAUUUUCCUAGGCACUCGAUAUCCGGCCCCUGUUUAUUCAAGGACGGGACGAACGCCCACCGGCUGCAGGAAAAUGUAUCAAAAGUCGCCCCCCUAUCCAUCCUCGGACUCGAGAAGUACGAAGUUCUUGCCUUGCUCGUUUCUUCCUGCCUCGCCAUCGCAGCCGCGUCCUUGAUCGCCCUCGAAGCACUCUCGAGAAUCAAGGACCAACCGAUAAUUCACACCGGACGGCUGGGUCUCGGUGCGCUCCUCGGUCUGGCGACACACGUUAUCACGGUUUCCAGUCACCGUGACGCUGCGUUAGAUCACGUCGUCUGUAGGGCUCUACCCUGCCCUACGCUCAGAGACUACAAUCCUAUUUUCGGUGGGAACGUUCUCGGAGCCGCCAUUCUAUGCGGGACCCACCUUCUGAUCCAUUACUGCGACACCCACGUGGCCGAUACCGCAGCUGCCCUCGCUCUCGUCGCUCUCGCAACCGCGUCGAUGUUACCUCUGGCUUUUUACACGGCCAGCAUAAUACUGCAGAAACUGCCACAUUACAUGGGAGAACAGCUGGACAAGUGUCUCCGAGAGGCUCUGAACAUCGACGGUGUUCUCGAAUUCAGAAACGAAAGAUUUUGGACUCAAUCUUUCGGGAAACUCGCAGGAACGGUGCAGGUUCGAAUCCGAAGAGAUGCGAACGAAAGUCACGUCCUGGAGCGAGUAAUGGCCGGGUUGUCGCAAAUAGUCACGACCCUAACUGUCCAGGAGUUUCGAGAAACUCCCCGGGCUAACUUGGGGUCUCAACAUUGCACGGAGUAUUACAUCAACGAGUUAUUGCCAAAUGCAGGCGAGAACAAAGCCGCCAGAGUGCCGAGGAGCAACGUAGACGAGGUCGAGACAGUUUCCAUCGACGAUAUUCUAGGGGUUGAGAAGACCCCGGUCUCGACGUUUUCACUGGCCCCGAACAAAUCCGAACGUAAAUGUUCGACUUCGUAUUCGAAUCCAGCGGUUUCCUCGAAGAUGCUGACGAUAUAUCAUAACGAAAAUUUAGAUCUAAAACAUUAUAUUUUCAACCCCCGGAAAGCUAUGAACGAAAACGCCCUGCUUUUGAGGUCAAAUUUCGACGAGGAGAAAUUCACGAGCUGCGCUCUUGGGAGGGGGGAAAAUUGGAGAGCAGGGUUAACAUGAGACUAAACGAGACAAUUUUUGUCUUUCGGUACGGACGUUUGGAAAAUUGAGUUACCACGGGCGUUCCGAGCCGAAAACACUAUUUAUACCGGAAACAAAUUUCCGAGCACUGUGUACCAUCGAUAACAGAUGGCGGAAUCUGAAGAAAAAAAACGUACGUCAGAGUUAUCAUCGAAUAUUGCUGUCGUUUUUUUUUCAAUUAAAUUAAGUUAUCGUUGUGGAUUGUAAAUAUUUAUUACUAUUAUAUUAUCGAUAAGAACGACGACGAUGCAGAAGUAAUCAGAUUACUCGAAGUAUUUUCAAAGCUGUAGAGAAUGAAUAAAAAAUUUUUAAAAUCAAACCGACGAUCAAUUUCGCCGUAUUAUAGUAUCAUGAGAGAUAAUAUUCAAUCGAACAAAUCUAGAACAUGGCAUACUUUUGUAUAAAGUCAGGGAAUUACUCUUCGGCCGGAGAACAAACAAAAAACGAACAAGCUGAAUAAAUAGAAGAAGUAUAGGAAGUCAUCGGAUCGGUGCGUGCCCAGAGGUAUGCCGCGAGGUCGAAAGAUCAACUGGAAUCGGUUAAUCGAGACCACAAUCGUCAAUUCUCGCCCGAUCGCCACGGCCGCAAGAAGAAACCUAGCCAACGUGUGAAAUAAGAAUGAAUGAGAAAUAGAAAAUCAAAAAGUUUAUCCGUUAGUUUAUGAAAAUAUUUAUCCAAAGAUGGGAGACAUUGAUAUAAAGAAAACACUUGCGCAAUGUUUGAGUUGAAUUAACCAGGUUGAGGCUACGCCGGGGUGUCAUUACUAGACGCAUGUUUUGCCGAUAUCAAACGCAAAACUCGUUCGUUCUUUUGAUAAGGCGUUUAUUAUACCCGUACAUACGUAUGUGCAUACGAUAGUACGCGUAUCGGGGAAUCCAACAUAAUACGAACGCUGCGUAAUUGUUUUGGGUCACACGUCAAAUUACUUUUCAUUAAACGAACCAUUGUACAUUUGUCAGGUAAUAACAGGUUUAUCGUUGCGUGUUCGACGCACGUUCUCCGACUAAACGUGUAGAAAUGAACGCUUAAUUUCAGAAUAACCCCAGAGCGCAAUUACGAAUUGACUCUAAUUCGACGUAUCGUAAAACUCGUCUUCUAUCGUUAGCCUAAUAUUCAUUGCCGUUAAUUAUAUUUUUUGCUUCGGAUGCGAAUGAAAGAUGUCGAUAACGUCUAGGAAUAUUGCACCACUUAUCGCUCGAGUAGAAAGGAAUGAAAAUAUGUACUAGCAAUUAUGACGUCAGUGUCAAACACUCGAUGUUUGCUUUGCGAUGAUUCAUACUUUCCAUGCGUCCCUGUCAAACUUAUAGAGUUCAAACGUAAAUGUAACGUAUAAUUAUCGGUGGAGUAAUUACGUUUUGAAAAAAAAAAAAAAAAACCACACGCUCGACGAGCAAAAGAAGCAAGAUAAAUUUGAAUAUUCGCUCUCGUUCGUUUCACGGGAUAAUUAAAUUUCAAUCACCAAUUUUCUGCAAUUCCGCUGCAGGUGUUUAUCGAGUACGGCGAUCGAAAUUCACGCUUCUUACAGCGACAAUGAACAAUUGGGACUCUGAGUUGUUCGGAUAAUAAAAAUUUUAUAUUUCAACGGAGCGGAGUCGCGUGCUCGACGUCUGUGUAAAGUAUAAUUUAUGUAUAUCGCAAAUAUACCGUGUCUACCUCCCACGAGGUCUCUUCAUGCGCUCGUACGGUAUAUAAACGUAGGUGAUCCACAUCGAACAACUUCAGUCGUUUGACGAACCUCGAUCACACUUCCGUCCUUGCAGCGAAGCGAGAUCCGUAUCGGUGAAAAAUAAUCGUCAAAGGAACUCGGUAUCAGCGAUGCGUUUCGCCGUAUUUGUCGCUAUUCUCGUUUGUUUGAUCGUAACCGGCCCCCGCAACGUCGAAGGAGAGGAGCACGAAAGAUGUGGAAGAGUCGUCUGCGAACCUGGCCAGAUGUGCGUUGUGACGCAAGCUCCAUGUAACGGUUACGACGACUGCAAUCUCCACGCAAAGUGCAUUUAUCCCCAGGAAUGAUCGAUCGAUUGUUCCAACGAAUCUCAUCGCACGUGGGCGCAAAGCAUUUCGAACGCGAACUCUCGGAGGCUUGCGAAAACACGACUCGUGCGCGAAUCUAACAAACAAUAUCCGUCUCCGUGGAAGUAAACACGAUUAAACAUGUGUCCAAAGUUACAGUUUGAGCAAAACUUUAUUUUUGUCUUUCGCCCUCUGAAAAUAUAGGUAUAUUGAUAUAUUGUAGUCUAGCUGUACCCUGUUCCUCGUGUGUUUUUUUUCUACAUUACACGGGGGUAGUCACGAACUGACAAUCAAUGGUUCGACUCUUUUCACCGAGGAAAGAUGCGUCACAGGCAAACCGGAUAGGGAAUAGCAUAAUGUUGUCAAGUUCGUAUCGUAUACAUUACCAAUCUGUACAUAACUAUAAUUCUGGACUAUGAAUUCUGAAUUCCGGAUCGCGUAAUGUGCAAUCUAGAAAUUCAUUCGAGAGUUGGAAAAAUUUUCAACGGAUGGUACGCAAUUCGCUCGAAGGAUAAGUGAACUUGGACUCUCAUCACCGUGUACGAGAAAUAAUUCUAUCUCAAGUGACAAAUUUGGAAUCCUGGACGGAUCGAGGUGCUCACCGGCGAAAAAUGGAAGUGCGGGGCAAUCGAAGUUUCUCGGUGAAAAGGAAAUAAGGACCCGGGCCCACGGAAGUUGCAGAGAUGACAAAGCGGCGGACUCGAAAAACGAAAUCUCCACCGUUGUGUUUCUUGCACGGGUUGUGCAAUAAUAGUAGAAAGUAAUAUUCGAAACGAAAGCGUACGAUGAAAGCCGCUAAUCAUUUCACCUGGAAUAUGUACCGGGUAAAAAAAUCCGGGGUUCCCAUGUAGCGGAGCAAGAGUAUCUUUGUAGUAAUCCCUAGUUCUGUACAGAUGUAACAUUAUCCGCGUUGAACGGAACAAAAUUCUACUAUAAUAUGUAGAAAGUGAAGCGUCAUCACUUGUUUUUAAUCACGCCAUUCAAGAGUCGGCCGUUUUUUGAUGCGUGCAAUUUCGUUUUUAAUAAGACAGCAAACCUGUUAAUAAUUAUGUAGCGACGAAUAAAAGAAAUACCGUUGGUUUUAGAGGGGAAAA